GUGUUAGCAAUUGAAGCAGUCACAAGUGAAGAUGCUGGUACAUAUAAAUGCCUAGUGUCAAAUGCAGGGGGUGAGGCAAGUGCUGAGUUGAGAUUAACAAUAACGGCUCCUCUGCAAGUGGAUGUGGUACCAAACAUAAUGAGCGUUCAUAUGGGUGCAUCAGCUGAAUUUCGCUGUACAGUUACGAGCAAUGGAAUCUCAAUCGGAUUGCAGCACAUUACUUGGUACAAGGACGGUCGUCAGCUGCCGGGGACAAGUCGUUCCGGCGAUACAUUGCUGAUAACCGAUGUAGGGAGGGAAGAUAAAGGAAUGUAUCAAUGUGUUGUUCGGCGUCAGGAUGGUGAUAGCUUCCAGGCAGCGGCUGAACUUCAAUUAGGCGAUGCGCCUCCUGUCAUGCUUUACAGCUUUAUAGAACAAACACUACAACCCGGCCCAGCCGUCAGUCUGAAAUGCUCAGCAGCCGGAAAUCCGACACCGCAAGUUACAUGGACUUUGGAUGGAUUUCCACUUCCCUCGAAUGGCAGAUUUCUCAUUGGUCAGUAUGUAACAAUUCACGGCGAUGUUAUAAGCCAUGUCAAUAUAAGCCAUGUUAUGGUCGAGGAUGGGGGAGAAUAUUCGUGUAUAGCGUCAAAUCGUGCAGGAAAAAUUUCACACUCUGCCCGCCUCAACGUGUACGGCUUACCAUACAUUCGUCUAAUACCAAAGGUAACAGCUGUUUCUGGUGAAGUUCUACAUCUAAAGUGCCCUGUAGCGGGUUAUCCUAUUGAAGAAAUACAUUGGGAACGAGGAUGCUAUACGUCCAAUCCAGUUAUCAAUUUCAUUAUUAUGUCACUGUCUAUCUCUUUCUUCUCAUUUUCUAUCGUACUUCUAUACUUCUUCUUCUUCUUCUUCUAUUUCGUGUGUAUUUUUUUUCCAGUACCUCCUAUUAUUGAACCUUUCUCCUUUCAAGACGGUUUGGCUGAGGGUAUGCGAACGCGUACUGUUUGCGGCGUAUCUAGAGGUGAUGCACCGUUAACAUUGCGUUGGCUAAAAAAUGGUGAACCAUUGCCGGCUUCCUUAGGUGCAAAUGUAACUUCACUUGAUCAAUAUAGCUCCCUCCUUAGCAUUCCCUCCUUAUCUGCUAAACACUCCGGUGAUUACACUUGUGUCGCAAAAAAUUCAGGAGGAUCUGUUGAGUAUACAUCGCAAUUGAAUAUUAGAGUGCCUCCGCGCUGGAUUGUGGAACCAAGCGACGUGAGCGUGGAACGAAAUCGUCAAAUUGCCCUGCAUUGCCAAGCACAAGGCGUUCCCACGCCUGCCAUCGUUUGGAAAAAGACUACAGGAAGCAAAUCCGGGGAUUACGAAGAAAUUCGUGAAAAACAGUUUACAAAAUUACUAGCAAACGGCUCACUGUUACUACAAAACGUUAAAGAGGACCGGGAAGGAUUCUACCUUUGUCAAGCACAAAACGGCAUCGGUUCAGGUAUCAGCAAAGUGAUUCAACUAAAGGUUAACUCAUCUCCGUACUUCUCUGCACCUUCACGAAUUGUCACCGUUAAAAAGGGUGACACAGCAAUUUUGCAAUGCGAAGUAAAUGGCGAUAAGCCGAUUAAUGUACUUUGGCUUCGUGCUGGGAAACAUGAACUAAAUCCAUCGACAAAUUAUAGAGUAACAGUGAAACAGGAUGUGACACAGGAAGGAAUUGCUGCCGAAGCGCAAAUCGUUAACGUUGAUAGCAGUGAUAGUGGCCCAUACUUUUGUCAAGCCAGUAAUUUGUAUGGUCGAGAUCAGCAAUUGGUUCAGCUUCAAGUUUUAGAGCCACCACAGGCACCAUCGUCGUUGACAGCUGCGCUGAUUACAAGUCGUACGGUUAAUUUGAAAUGGCAGCCACGCGGAUCGGAUGCAUCUGAAGUGACAAAAUAUAUUGUAGAAUAUAUGGAACAUGAUCGUCCGUGGCAAGAGAUUGUCAUCACCGACCAGCCACAAUAUACGGCUUUAAUUGAAAAUUUGAAGCCAGCUACCAGGUAUAUAUUUCGUGUGAUUGCCGAGGGUCAGGCAGGACAAAGUGCUCCGAGUCAAGAGUUACAUGUGAAAACUGAGCCGCAGAGACCUGCCGGACCACCAUUGAAUUUAUCAGCUCGCCCACUGUCAUCGACUGAAAUACUAGUAACUUGGAUGCCACCUUUGGCUGAAUUGCGCCAUGGGGAAAUUCAAGGCUUCAAUAUUGGCUAUAAAACGUCAACCACACCGGGAAAUAAUAAUUAUAAUUUCACAUCCGUUUCGGGUGACGGCGAAGAUGGGACAGGCGAAUAUCUGUUGAGUGGCCUACUAAAAUAUACUCGGUAUAAUAUUGUUAUUCAGGCUUUCAAUCAAGUUGGAUCCGGUCCCUUGUCUGAACCAGCUACAGCACAAACACUGGAAGAUGUACCAAGUAUGCCACCAGAAAAUGUCCGUUGUGCACCACUUACAUCUCAAUCAUUGCAAAUAUCAUGGCAGCCACCAUCAAGUCAUCAUACAAACGGUUUGCUGCAAGGCUAUAAAGUUAACUUUGAAUUCAUGUCAGAUCUUAUAAGUGGAAUGAACGAUGACAUUGACUCAAGAAAAACCACCGAUCUGACCAUCGUUUUGACUGGACUAAAAAAGUUUACCAACUACAGCAUUCAGGUUCUUGCUUUCACCCGGAUUGGAGAUGGCGUUGUAUCAAAGCCAUUAUACUGUCAAACAGAGGAAGACGCUCCGGAAGCGCCAGUAGACAUCAAAGUUGUUGUUAGCUCACCUCAGUCAUUAUUUGUUUUAUGGCUACCGCCAUUCGAACCAAAUGGAAACAUAAUCAAAUACAAUCUUUAUACUCGUGUUGUUAAUGGGAGAGAAGAAUUAAAUCAUGAGAAACGAAGCUUGGGUGCGCAGGUCUUGAAUUAUGAGGCGAAGGGGCUUCAAGCGCACAUAGAAUACCAAUUUUGGGUAACAGCAUCGACCCGUGUUGGCGAAGGGAAAAGCUCACGAGUUGCCUCAGCCAUAACAAAUAACCGUGUUUUGGCAAAAAUUAUUUCAUUCGGUGGUCCUGUGGUGCGCACUUGGCGAUCAUCGGUAACUUUAUCGUGUAUGGCUGUUGGAAAUCCGCGACGUGAAUGGUUUAAAGGGGACGUUUUAUUGAGACAAGGGCAUUCGCAUAAUGUUCAAAUACUUGACAGUGGAGAUUUAAUGCUAACUAAUUUACAAAUCAUUGACAAUGGUAACUACAGUUGUCAUGUUGAUAACACCAACGGAAAUGAUGUCAUUACGUAUCAAUUGAUCAUCCAAGUUCCACCCAGCUCACCUGUCCUAUAUGUAACUAGCGCUACUUCAAGUAGUAUCUUAAUGCACUGGAAAGUUACAUCAAAUGGAAAUGCACCAUUGCUUGGGUUUACUUUGUAUUAUCGUCGAAGUCAUGGAAAUCUCGAAGAAAUGACCUUGUCUCGUCACGCUUCAAGCCAUGAAUUGAAGGGUUUAAUGUGUGGAAGCACUUAUCAGGUUUACUUGACCUGCAAUAACAAAAUAGGAACGUCGCCAUCGAGUACAACACUACAUGUUAGAACCCAGGGCCAGGCACCCGGCGUUCCAACAGCUGCAUCUACACUCAUAUCACCAAAUUCAACGACAGCUGUGCUCCGCCUUCACAAUUGGCCAGAUAAUGGAUGUCCAAUCAUUUACUAUGUUCUCCAAUAUCGAAUGAUGUCUAAUCGUUUUGAAAACGAGUGGAUUCUCGUUUCAAACGCUUUAAAACCUCAACGCCGCUUUACAUUAUCAGGAUUGUUGCCCACAACAUUGUAUCAAUUGCGAAUGGAAGCUCACAAUGUGGCAGGAUCGUCAAGUGCUGAAUACAAUUUCAUUACACUCACUAAAGAAGGCGAUGCACCACCGCCUGAACUGAUUCACAGGCGACCACCAGCUAUUGGAUUUUAUAACAAUGCGAACUUUUUAACUGUACUUAUUAUUACUUCGGUCACUGGAAUUACAUUUUUACUCACAUCACUAUAUCUUUGCUAUAAAAACCGUCGGGAAAAUCGUGUUCGAAAAGAAACGAAAGAAAAUCGUGAAAAUAGCGAAGCAGCUCAACGUGAACGCUAUUACGCAACAAUACAUAAAGUUUCUCACCAAGCGGGCGAUAAAAUACCUGAAGGACCAGAGGACAUAUCGCCAUAUGCAACAUUUCAGCUAUCUGAAGCCAGUACACUUGCUCAACCUCAUCCGGGUCCGGCAAAUACACUGCUACAUUCGUUUAUGUACCAUGAGCGAGCUUUACAGGAAGGUUGCGCAUCGCCACCACCAGCGGUACUAAGCCAACAUAAUUCAAAAUCAUCACACUAUUAUAAUAUUAAUUCGAAAAAUCGGCGACGACACUCUCGCAAAACAGAACCAGAGAGUGAAUCAGAUUCAGACCAAGAUCCAUUGACAUCAAGUCGAACUGAAUCAUCGAAUCAAUUGGAUGGCAAAAUGAAACAUAGUAUUAUUUAUCAUGGCAACCAAUCAAGUACAUCGUCUGAUCUGUCGCCCAUGUCGGAGCAGAAGUCGUUGCCACGUCGUGGUAGAUCCAGGGGCACAAUGCGAAAUCUUCUACCUCUACAAUUGCCAACAAUUGGUGGAAUCGGAAAUUAUCAUCAUCAAAUUCCAAAUGAAUCCGGAACGCCAUGCGUAGCUGAGCUAUCCGAAGCCGAAUGUGACAUUGAUACACUGAAAAAACUUAAGCUAGAUAUACGUUCAUCGCUCUGGUCACGACCAAAUCUAAUUGCCAAUAUAGCCAACAAAGUUGACGACGUUCCAAAUCUGAACAGUAACAAUCAACUACGCCAAUCCAUUGAACCCGAAAACAAUCCAUCUGACUAUUCAAUAGCUGUUUAAUCUUAUCGCAUCUUAUCGAUGUAACGCUACGUCAUCAAUGCAGGAAAAUCACGAUUACAUCGCACAUUCAUCAUUCACAUAUUUAUACAAUCUUCCCAACAAAUCAAACAUACAAAAAAGGACAUCUCACGUACACUUCUAUUAUUAGCAAAGACGAUCUAAAAAAGAACUGUUUCUCUUUCUUUGGAUACAAAGUUUAGGUAAAAGUAUUUUUUCAAAAUUAUAAAUGUAUAUAUUCUAUAGAAAACGUUUUUUUUUUUUGUAAAUGAAUCUUAUUGAGAAAAAAAAAUAUUUCGGACAACCCAGUGCCAAAUUUUUGUGAAUAUUUGCAAGUAGUAACAAAACAGAUGAAUAGAUUUUUUAACAUAUACAUCAAAAACAAAUGAGAAAUAACCAAAAAAAAUGAUAACCAGAAUUUAAAAAAAAAAACAAUACUCUCGAUGUUUUGAGACCAUCAAAAUUAACUAUGAAACUUGGGGAGAACAUGUGAACCUUUGAAGAAAAAAAGAACUGUAAAAUCAAACAAUGCACCUCGUCUUACGAUGAUGAGAUUGCCUCGGCAAUUUCACAUAAUUUUGGUUUGUUUUCAAUGAAAUAUGUGUAUGCAGUUUACGUUUCAAGCACAUGUAUUAUAAAAUCGAAAGCGUUGUUGUUAAUUUUAAAAGUCCGUUGAUUGGUUUGUAAAUGAAAUACGUUGCGAUCAAAUCGAUAGGGAAUCAACGGAAAUUUAACAUUAACAAAAAAAAAACAGAAUAAAAUAGAGUUUUAUAAGUGAUAAAUCAGACAAAAAAAUUUUAAAAUCAAAAUACUUUAAAGAGACGUAUAUAUAAAUAAUAUACACAGGUUAGAUAUCUAAAGUGAUUGUUAAGUAAGUUUGUCAUAUUUAUAUUUAGUAUUAAAGUGAGAGCCCGAAAUGAAACGGACAUUUCUUGAUUUUUGUUGAAAUUAUUCUUUGGAAAAAUCAUAUUUAAGUAACAGUUAAAACCCAUCAAUAAGUCGAGACAACGCAAUUAAUUUGCAACACGGUCGGCUCGUAUCUAUCUGUGUGUUUUAAAAUCUAAAUCAUACAAAAAAUAUUAACUAACUAAUCAAUGACAUUUUUAAUUUAUAUAUUGUCAAUUCCUCACUUCCGAUGACUGCCCACUAGGGUGUUUUUGAUAUCAGUCAAAUGAAAAGUGCCACAGAAACCUAUGAAUGAUACCAACCCCCCGUGCUCAGUCUGGGUUAAAGCAGUAUGUAAUAUGCUAGUUCAAAAAUGUUGUUUGAAAAAAAUCUAUUCUAAUUAACAUUUCUUAUUUCUAUUCUAUCUGAUUCGUUCAAUUGUAAACAUGAA